GUCGGCGAGAGAGAGAGCCAGUCCGCCGAACGUACGUACUUCCCAUCUACCUCCAAGCUAGCGCCGACCGAUGACGCACAACCAUCAUGUCCAUGUCUCUAUGCCGGCUGCAUAUUCGGACAGCCACCAUCACGUCUCGACGCCGGCAACAUCGCCGGCCAUGACGCACAGCCAUCAUCACAGCGGCGGCCACCACCACCACCAUCAUCAACAACACGGCGGCGGCCACCACCACCACCACCCUCAUCACCACGCGCAGCAGCCCACGGCGGUGCUGGGGUUCCCGGUGCCGUACGCGUACCCGGCCCCCGCCCUGGCCUCGACGACGGCAGUGGCACCGCUCCAGCCCAUGCGGGACAACUCCGACCGCGCCGACACCGUCGGGGAACGUAUUUGCACGUGUGUGGUCGGCCUCUUCGCAGUGGGCUAUAUCGCCCUCAUCAUCUUUGCACUCGUGAGCAGCUGGAAAUAUCUUUGAGGACAUGGACAUGCAUGGAGCCAGCAUAUUACUACUUAUACUCGGGAGGAGACGUCCUACAAGUACAUAUAGUACAUUGUACUGCUACCAGUAUACUAGCUAGUUUAAUUUGA